GCUGCCGGCCCAUAUAUCAUCCAAGCCUCCAUUUCAGCCAUCUUCCUCCGCUCUCAGUUCAUUUGGAUAGUGCUUUGUGGUUGCAAUGAAUGACACAUGGCUGAACCCCUUGGGAGUACAUAUUAAUCUAACAGCUGUAGUGGAGACUUCUUCGGGUAAAGAUGCUAUUGCCGAAGGCUUGGUCGACCUCCUGAAACCAGCAAUCCAGCAGCUCGAUCUGCAUGUCCACUCUGUCAGAGAAAGCCAGGUAGAAUUAAGAGAGCAUAUCGACAACCUGGCCACAGAGUUGUGCAGGAUAAAUGAGCAUCAGAAGGUGGCUCUAGAUCUGGACCCUUAUGUAAAGAAGCUGCUGAAUGCAAGACGCAGAGUAGUUCUAGUAAACAACAUCCUGCAGAAUGCUCAGGAACGUCUUAGGCGACUCAACCACAAUGUGGCAAAGGAGACGGCACGAAGGAAGACCAUGCUGGAGGCGUCAGGAGUAUUCACCUCCCGCUCCCCCAGUAAACCCUAAGCUGCAUCUUUCUCCGGCUUUGCACAGCAAACACUGAACUGUCCUUGCCAGGAGAGACACAUCAAUGCAGAAAACUUUUACACGAGGAGGACAAGUCUUCCUUUGACUUUUAUUUUGCUGUUUGUCUGAUGACCCGCUGAUGUCUUGCACUACUUUUGUCAGAUGGUGUUUCAUAAUAAAAAUUCACGCCACUAUUUGCUCAGCAUUAGCUUGCUACAAAUUGUCUAAUCCUGUAUAGGACAAAAUCAGCUUUAUGCUAUCACCAGAUGACAAAACGAAUCGAUGAAAGGUAGUUUGAGUGAAAUGGAGUGUUAGUGAAUUCUGAGGGGCAUUUGUUCAAUAAUGUCUACAUUAAUUCUCCAGACAGGAUAAUAAAUUCUACACAUGCACAAUGUUAAAAAACGUCUUCAACUCCAAAGUGACUCAGUAUGCAGGACAGAUGCCAACACUAAGCCUGAGUAAUCUUGUGGACCAACAUAAGACAUCCCUGUUUCACUGAUGGAUGCAUUGUUUAAUGCACUGUCUUUAAAAUGUCUGCCGGCCUUCAUAGCUUCUUCUAAUUUAAGCAGAAAAGCUCUCUAUGAAGUAAAAAUGAAAGGUGCUGUGAUUCUGUGACUUAGCAUCUGACAAGUAUAACUGGGGUUUAGAAUGGUCCAGCUAAACAGAACCUAUGGACGUUUAAAACAUAGCUGCAGGUUUGAACAGCUCAACGACA